CCUUUUCGAUAUCAAAGCCCGUGCUGUGUGUCGUAUGUCAACAGGGAAAAUGCUCGGUUUGAUGCAGCUCGUGCUGAGCUGUCUUCGUCACACACGAAAAUUAAAUGGUCUGAAUUGUAUGCUCGUGUGGAUUUUUUUUUCUCCAUGCGCGUGUACAAUCGAAUUCCCUGUGCUCCUCUCUCUCGACGGCAUAAGCAAUCAUAGUCGCUCCACCGUUGUAAUUACAUUUCUCCGAUAGCAUGGUGUGAUCUAUAUUCACCUGAUUUGAUUAUAUAUACAACCCCCUAUUGUGUGCAAUAUUAUAAAAGAAGUCGAUUUAUGUAGGACAAAUCUAUACCGUUUAUUCUUCUACAAAACGUCGGCGCGCAUCUUCAUCACAAGAGGAAUCCGCAUGAUGUCAAUAUCCAUUCUUCAUGGUUGAUUUGCUCAUGUCAUGCAUUGUUGAAAUAUUUUAGUCCAUGAAACCAAUGAUAAACCUGGUGAAAUAUACUAUCAACGACGCCUUGGAUAGGCAUCCGUUACAUUCCACCACGCCUAUUUGGAGACCGUGGAGUGAAUAUAAUUUUGAACGAUUUGUAUGAUACGUUGUCGAAAUCGUCGAUGAACCUGACAUAUAUUAUAUCUCGGCAUUAACGGUUCGCCCAUUAUAACCUCCAUCACUAAGAAACGACAUCGAAAUACAUAUUCAAUACUGAAGUAGCGUUCUGUUUUGUGUGUGACCAAAGAAAACAGAGUAGACAGAUGAAGAUGAUGAAGUUGGAUAUUCACGAAGCAGCUUUUACUGGGGACCCAAGAAAUACAACCGCAGCGUUGGACCAGGGUCAGGAUCCAAAGGAAAAGGAUCGAACAGGUACCACUGCUUUACACAAGGCAGCAGCGAACGGACAUGUUGAGAUUUUGGAACUUCUUGUCGCUAGAGGGGGUGAUAUCAAUCAAGCUGAUAUUACUGGAUCAACAUCGCUCCACGCUGCAGCGAGAAAUGGGCAUAUGAAAGCUGUAAAAUGGUUGGUUAACAACGGAUCUGACAUCAGAGCUAAGACUCUGAAAGGAAACACAGCCGAGGAUGUAGCAAAGACUCACAGUCAAUUUGAAGUAUCUUCUUUCUUACGAGAAUGUGGAAGAGAAAAAUUUGACUGGGAGAUCGACAGUGGGAACUUCGGCGGAAGGACAUGAUGAAUUGACACUCGGGUUGACACUCUCUCUGUUCGGCCCAGGUCUGCAUGAGGCCCAUGCCUAUAACAGCUUUUACCAAAUUCUGUCGAAUGUUUUUGUGCAGCACUAUCAAAGUGAUGUUGUAACACCCACCCCCUAAAAAAGCGGGGAAAUAAGGGGUUAUAUAGUUACUUAAUUCAGCGCACUCUUAAUUGCAAAUAUACAAAAUAACUCAUCUGUGGUGAAAGUCGUAAUGAAUUGCACUUGUGUUCUCAUCAUGUAAUAUCUUCUACCAACACGACUGAUCUUUCAUGAUUUAUCUUUAAAUUGACAAUUAUUUAAAUUCAAAUAUUUAAGAUUUAAAUCUAAACCAGGAGUUUAACGGUUCACUAUCCACAUGGCCAAUUGUGGUUCAUUUUAAAUCACUUUGAUUAGAGUGGAGUGCACAAUUAUAACCCAUUUUCUUAGAUGCUACCAAGCAACCUGAGCAAUGCAUGCAAAUACCAAUUGAAAUCUUUUAGAUAAAUUGAUUGAAUGGUUUAAUUACUGAUACAUUCUUAUAAGAAAACAAUGUGCAAGCAGCAUGACGGAGUAUAUAACAAGAUAUUCAAUCUGCCACAGAUUGAAAAAACUUUGAUUCAAAUUAUUAUUAAAAUUAUGAGGUCGAAAUAUCAAUUGGUUUGAAGGGUUACCACCCU